AUGGCGAUCCAGAAGAAGCACGGCAAGGGCCGUCUCGACAAAUGGUACAAGCUCGCCAAGGAGAAGGGCUACCGCUCGCGUGCGGCGUUCAAGCUGAUCCAGCUGAACAAAAAGUACAACUUCCUCGAGAAGAGCAAGGUCCUGAUCGAUCUCUGCGCCGCGCCAGGUGGAUGGUGUCAGGUCGCCUCAGAGGUCAUGCCUGCGGGCGCCCUCAUCGUUGGUGUCGACCUCGCGCCCAUCAAGGCGAUCCCGCGCUGCAUCACGUUCCAGAGCGACAUCACCACCGACAAGUGCCGUGCGACGCUGCGCUCGCACCUCAAGCACCUCAAGGCCGACGCCGUCAUCCACGACGGCGCGCCCAACGUCGGCACCGCGUGGGUGCAGGACGCCUUCUCCCAGGCCGAGCUGGUGCUGCAGUCGAUGAAGCUGGCCACCGAGUUCCUGUGCGAGGGCGGCGUGUUCGUCACUAAGGUCUUCCGCUCCAAGGACUACAACGCCCUGCUGUGGUGCUUCCAGCAGCUGUUCAUGAAGGUCGAGGCCACCAAGCCGCCCUCGUCGCGCAACGUGUCGGCCGAGAUCUUCGUCGUCUGCCGCGGCUACAAGGCCCCGAAGAACCUCGACCCCAAGUUCCUCGACGCGCGCUACGUCUUCGCCGAGCUGGCCGAGCCCGCACCGAACAACGAGGCCAAGGUCUUCAACCCGGAGAAGAAGAAGCGCAAGCGCGGCGGCUACGAAGAGGGCGACUGGACCCAGUUCCACGAGGCCACCGUCGCCGAGUUCGUCGAGACCCCCGACCCCAUCGCCAUGCUAGGAAGCCUCAACCGCCUGACCUUUGACCAGACGGGCAACGGCGACGUUGCCAUCGCGACCAUUGACCAGCUCAAGGAGACGACCAAGGAGGUCCGCAACUGCUGCGCCGAUCUCAAGGUCCUUGGCCGCGCCGACUUCAAGCGCCUCCUGCGCUGGCGCCUGAAGGUCCGCGAUAUAUUCGGCUUCUCCAAAAAGGCAAAGGACGCAGCCGAGAAGAAGGAGGCCGAAGCGGCCGACGCCGCCAGGGAGGGCGAGGAGGAAGCCCGGAUCGAGAACAUGGACGAGGAGAUGCGCCUGCAGGAAGAGCUCGAGCGCCUCAAGGACAAAGACUCGAGGCAGAAGAAGAAGCAGCGCCGCAUCGACAACGAGCGCAAGCAAAAGGAGAUUGUCCGCAUGCAGAUGAACAUGGCCACGCCCUUUGAGAUUGGCCUCGAGCAGGCUGGGCCGACCGGCGACGACGCCAUGUUCGCGCUCAAGGCGGUCGAAAAGGACGGCUCGCUCUCCAGGAUCGCCCGCGGCAAGAUGGCGCAGGUCAUCGAGAAGGAGAGGGACGAGUCGAGCGAGGAGGAGCUGACAGACGACGACGAGGGCGACAACCUCGAGCGCUACCUCGACUCGCAGUACGACGAAUAUGUUGAGCAGAAGUCGGCCCGCGACGCAAAGUACCGCGCCAAGCGAGCGAGAGGCGACAACGAGGACGGCGAGUGGAACGGCUUCUCCGACGGUGACAAGGAGGAGAGCGACGACGAGCAGCUCGUCCAGGACGACGACAGCGAUUCGAGCAGCGACGAAGACGAGGAUGCCCCGAAGAAGCUCAUCACAACGCUCGAGGGCGCAGAGUCCGAGGGCGGCCUGACAAGAAGGGCGCAACGCUUCUUCGACCAAGACAUCUUCCAGGGCAUCGACGGCCUCGAUGACAUUGAGGAAGACGACGAUAGCGGCAUCGAUGUUGAAGGCGACGAGGACGCGAAGAUGGAGGACGCUGAAGUCACAGAGGCCCCGUCCAAGCCCACAAAGAAGGCAACCUUGGCCGAUCCCGCACCCGUAGAGUGGUCAGACGAGGACGAGUCGGACAAGAUCGAGGAAGUCGCCCGCGACGAAUCGCAGUGGGAGCACGACGACAUCCCGAUGAAGAACGGCAAGCCCGACAUCGACAUUAUCACCGCCGAGGCCAUGACGCUCGCGCACCAGAUGGCCACGGGCAAGAAGACAAAACACGACCUUCUCGACGACUCGUUCAACCGCUACUCCCUGCGCGACACCGACGGCCUGCCCGACUGGUUCCUCGACGACGAAAACAAGCACUCCAAGCUGCAGCGCCCGACCACGGCCGCCGCCGCCGCCGCCAUCAAGGAGAAGAUGCGCGCCCUGAACGCGCGGCCGAUCAAGAAGGUGCGCGAAGCGCAGGCCCGCAAGAAAUUCAAGGCCGCCCAGCGCCUCGAGAAGCUGAAGAAGAAAUCCGCCAUGCUGGCCGACGAAGAGGGCAUGACGGAGAAGGAAAAGGCGCAGAGCAUCGCGCGGCUGAUGAGCAGAGCGAGCAAGAAGAAGCCCAAGGGCAAGGUUAGCGUUGUCGUUGCCGGCGGAGGCAACAAGGGCAUCAAGGGCAGACCCAAGGGCACAAAGGGUAAGUACAAGAUGGUCGACGCGCGGUUGAAAAAGGACGUGCGCGGCUUGAAGAGGGCGGAGAAGAGGAACAAGAAGAGGUAG